AGUCAGUAGCACCUGCGACUCCAUAUUGGUCGCACGUCGAAAUCCGCCUCGAAAAAAGGCGCAAAAGCAUUCUCGCCCGUAUAUGGCCGACUUUAGGAUAUCUCCCAGGAGGAUUCCAGUAAAUUGAUAGGUUUAAACAAUAUAUUGAUAAGACUUAAAACAACAUUCCACGCGUUAUAGUGUUUGUAAAUAUUGUUAUAUUUUAGUUUCGUUUAGACUUAUAUUUAGACUAAAAAAUGGUCCGCCAAGUCUUCGCCUACAGUGGUGACGGCGCGUCGCUGAACGCGGCGAGCGCGGGCAGCAAGCGCUCGGCCUUGUCGGCUUCGGACGCCGAGUGUUUCUCGCUGUGCCUGGGCGCCGGGCCUCUGUGGUGGUCCGAUGUCCCUGCUCACGGCUCGGCACCGCCCGGAGGGGUGGGCAGCGGGGCCUCGAGCCCCGCUACCCCAUCCACACCCACACACGACGACAAUAACUGUGACUUGUUGAGCGGUCUGCUAUGGGCCAGCGCCAGCUCGCUGGCCGGCAGCGCAGAGAGCCUAGCCGACGCGCACGCGCACCCCGCGCUGCUCCCCGAGCGCAGGGAGGAGGUGAUCAGUAAGAUCCUGGAGCGCAAGGACCGGCAGCCGGUGAAGGUAGACUUCAAAAUCUUCCUCACUGAGAAUACCAUCACUCGCUGGGAAGCCGUGGUAUCCGGCAGCACCAUCUACCUGCGCCUGCCCGGUGUGCUGCAGUCCGGCAGCAAGGAGAGCUUCAUGCUGCUGCUAGACUUCGCUGAGGAGCGGCUUGGAUGCACCAACUGCAUCAUCUGCGUGCUGAAGAACCGGUCGGACCGCGCGCUGCUCAUGCGCACCUUCAUGUUCAUGGGUUUCCAACUCCUGGCGCCCAACUCUCCGCUCGCGCGCGACAUCGCUAACCCCGACUACAUAUUCCUGCACUACAACAUGCAGUAGUGUUGCUAGUAACGCAGCAGUGUUGCUAGUAACGCAGCAGUGUUGCUAGUAACGCAGCAGUGUUGCUAGUAACGCGUAGCAGUGUUGCCAGUAACGCAGCAGUGUUGUUUGCAACGAGUAAGCAGUAUUGCUAACAAUAUCAACUAGUGUUGCGACAGUAUUCAAAGUAGACAGCUAAUUUUUUUCUUUAUAAAGCGUGGGGUAUUAGAGCAUAGUUUUUCUCUUCGGAGAAAACCUACCCCAUAGACCAUCUUACCUUUUUAAAUCAAUAUCAUGUCGAUAAAGUAUUUCGUCCACUCUACAAUGUACACGUAUAAUUUGUAUGUUAGCUGUCUGUCACUAAAGCAGUAUUCUCGACGCGCAUCGUAUCAUUCACUUCACGGGGCUUGCGUAGUGGUUAAGUGUCAACAAGUCUUUAUUAGCUUAGAUUUAGUCUUACCUUAGGAACUCGGAUUUCGUUUGAUUUCUUUCCUGUUUUUAUUCGAACCCACAGAAACUCGAGAAUUCUUUAAAGGAGUCAAAGGAAAUUGGAGGCGUAGCUUUAUCUCUACGAUUUCAGAUUUGAAAGCUUCUUAUGUAAUUCAAAGCUGAUUGUAGAUUUUCGUUUAUUAAUAUUAAAUAACGUCGUCGUGUAACCCUCUCCGGGCUAGAGCGAAAAAAAAAUUAAAAAAAUAAAAAUCACAAAAAAAUUAAAAAAUUAAAAUCCAAAAAAAUAUAAAUGGUUUGUAAAAUUUCGUUCCACCAGAAAGAAUCACCAUCCAAGAAUUUUGUGCACCUUAUCCCGUCGUGUGCAUAUCGAAAGUACCACCUGCUCACUUUUUCGAAAUUUUUGAACCCCUUAUUUUAUAACUGACUUCCAAAAGAAGGAGGAUCUUUACCUACACAUAAUUUUAUUCUAAUACCAUUGGGGUGAGUAAGCGGAUAAUAUAGUAUACGUAGCGUGUAAGUUUAUAUAUUCUUUACUCAAUUUAAAUUUAUUUUUAUGAUUUUCAAAAUUAAUAUUCGUGCGAUUUAGUGUAGACUGAGCAUUUUCGUUCGGACUUGCUUUGUAUUUAGUUACGGCCCUCUUUUGUUUCAGUAUUUUGUGAAGUAUUACAUUGAUUUCAACAUAGGGCCUUUUUAGCGUAACAUUAAUGUUUAUGGAAAAUUAUUAAAGAUAAUCUUAAUCA